AUAUAAUAAUUUAGACGUAAUCCUGCAAAGGGAAAAAAUCCCCCAAAAAAUAAAAUAAAAUAACAGCUCAUGCUGCAUGGAAUUGUUGUACUUGGUGCACAUCUUCUUGUACAUUAAUCCGUUUAUUUUUCCAUUCGGAGGCUGCUUGUGAGUCUACUUCAAUUUUUUCGGUGCUCUCUCUCUCUCUCUCUCUCAUCACUUUAACAAUGUCUUUCAGAAUCAAAGGGGCAAAUGCGCCCUCUGGCAUGGGGGUUGCUGAUCAAAGCAAAGCUACAUAUAUGGAACUGCAAAGGAAGAAAGUGCAUCGAUAUGUGAUAUUUAAGAUUGAUGAGAAGAAAAAUGAGGUUGUGGUUGAGAAAACUGGAUGUCCAGCUGAGAGCUAUGAUGAUUUCACUGCUGCUCUUCCUGAGAAUGACUGUCGAUAUGCAGUAUACGAUUAUGAUUUCGUGACACCUGAUAACUGCCAAAAGAGCAAGAUUUUCUUCUUUGCCUGGUCUCCUUCUGUUUCCCGAAUCCGAUCGAAGAUGCUGUAUGCCACAUCUAAGGACAGGUUCAGGAGGGAGCUGGAAGGCAUACACUAUGAGAUUCAGGCUACUGAUCCUACUGAAGUAGAACUUGAAGUUCUCAAAGAACGCGCUUACUGAUUGAAACUUCCUACCAUGAAACAACCAUUCAUAAUGUUUCUGUAUAAUCGCGUCUUACAAGGCUCGAUUUACUUAACUAUGACAUAAAUAACUCGACGCUUGGGUUGCUGAUUACCAGACUCGUGAUAGCGAUAUCAUGUUUUCUGGCUAUGAGUUCUCUCAUUCUCAUGAUGCUUCCCAGUCGAGAAACGAGUAUGGUUAUGUAAUUUGAAUGAUUCAAGUAUCAACUAUAGUAAGGCUAAGCAAUAUAUGUAAUGUGUUACUCUAUUAGUAUCUGAUCGAUGAUGCUUGUUUUUCGUCUGAUAA